UCGUGCCCAUCCGAGCCAACCUUUGCCUGGGUCUUUCUCUUGCAUUCUCAUGCGACAACCUCAACUGCCGACGCCCUAGAAAACAUGGCUCCGCUCCUCUCCCCGCGGGAUCAAGGCUUUGCCAAGCUUCUCGCUCGCGCUUCUGCGACGCUCUCCCCACCGACGCUGGUGGUGCGACAGAAUCCCCCGACCACAACCGUCACCGUCAUCUCGGACGACGACGGCGACAGUGGUACACACCUGAGCGGCGGUGCCAUCGCAGGCAUCGUCAUUGGCUCAAUUGUCGGCUUUCUACUUCUCCUCUGGGUCAUCCGUUCAUGCAUGAACCUCGGUGCGCCGCCUCAAGAGCGCGAGAAGUGGUAUCACUACAAGGAGAAGUCGCCGCCUCGACGACAUCGUCACCGUUCGCGGAGCAGAAGACGACGUUCCAGCAUUUCGGUGCCGCCAUCGGUCGUUGUUAGAGACUCUAGACCGCGCAGUUAUCGUCGCAGCGUGUCGCCUGGCUACUAUUACAGCGACUCCGAUCGCGGCCGUGGUUCGCGAUACUACGUCUAA